AGCCCCGCAGUGUUUUUCACCUGACCGGGAGCUGGAGCGUCACACGGAGCGGAGAGUCCACAAUGAGUCACACCGGGACGGAGACCGGGACGCAGACCUUUCUCAGACACUCCGCUGGAUUUAUCGCUCCAGCUGCUGCUUGUUUCUCAUUUUUACACCUUUGUUAAUUCAAUUUCUGGAGAUUUAUCCGCGGAAGUCUCCUCUGGCUGCUGAUUUGCGCUCCGACUGACCGGAAUAAGGAUCUGAUUUUAACAAAGACACACGACAAACGACGCGCACUCAGAUUAUUUACUGGAGAAAGUCACAUUUUUUGGUUUAUUUAAUUUUAUUAUUGCAGAUAUUAGAGGAUGGUUUGUGCGUUGGGAUCAGCUGGAAAGAACAGACACGGUUUCAUUUGUGGAUUUUAAUUCCCUGUCGCCACUUUUAGUUGCAUUUUCUGCACAGAAAUGGAAAACUACACGACGUGGAGUAAUUUCACCCAAGUUCUGUCGGAGCUGGACGAGACCAGCGAGGGGGAGGAUGAUGAGGAGGAGGGCGGCUGGGACGGGGCGGGGAGAGGCGGGCUGCACGUCCUGGUGGGCUGCGUCCUCUUCCUGCUCAUUUUGUCCACGCUGCUCGGAAACACGCUGGUUUGUGCAGCCGUCAUCAAGUUCCGCCACCUGCGCUCCAAAGUCACCAACUUCUUCGUGAUCUCACUGGCCGUGUCUGAUCUGUUCGUGGCCGUGCUGGUGAUGCCGUGGGAGGCCAUCACCGAGGUCACCGACGCCUGGCUGUUCGGACGCUUCUGCGACGUCUGGAUCGCCUUCGACAUCAUGUGUUCCACGGCCUCCAUCCUCAACCUGUGCAUCAUCAGCGUGGACCGCUACUGGGCCAUCGCCAGCCCCUUCAAGUAUGAGCAGAAAAUGACUCACAGGGUGGCGUUCGUCAUGAUCGGGGUGGCGUGGACGCUGUCGAUCCUCAUCUCCUUCAUCCCGGUGCAGCUGAACUGGCACCGGGCGGGCGAGGAGGAGGACGAGGCGAUGGACGAAGUGUUGGCGAUGGUGUCGAGGAACUUCACCAACAGCAGCAUCCUCAACGUCACCGCUGACGUCACCAAGAGCUGCGUCGCCAACCUGAACAAGACCUACGCCAUCUCCUCCUCCUUCAUCAGCUUCUACAUCCCCGUGGUGAUCAUGAUUGCCACCUACACCCGCAUCUACCGGAUCGCUCAGACCCAAAUCCGCCGGAUCACGUCUUUGGAAAGGGCGGCGGAGCAGGCGCAGAACCAAGGCCAUGGCAUGAACAAGAACCAGCAGCAGCAGCACCGACCCAACGACGAAGCCUCGCUCAAGUCGUCUUUCAAGAAAGAAACCAAAGUCCUCAAGACGCUUUCCAUCAUCAUGGGGGUGUUCGUGUUCUGCUGGCUGCCGUUCUUCGUCCUCAACUGCACCGUCCCGUUCUGUGACCCGCCGUGCGUCAGCGACACCACCUUCACCGUUUUCGUCUGGUUCGGUUGGGCCAACUCCUCGCUCAACCCGGUCAUCUACGCCUUCAAUGCAGACUUCCGGCGGGCCUUCGCCACCAUCCUGGGCUGCAACCGGAUCUGCUCCAACAACGUGGUGGAGGCCGUGAACUUCAGCAACGAGCUGGUUUCUUACCACCAUGACACGACGUUCCACAAGGAGGCGCUGGUUCCCGCUCAGCCACAGCAGCAUCCUCGGUCCGUCAACGUCGGGUCGGACCACCUGGAGGACAUGAGCCCGCAGUUUGACGAGGAGUCCAUCAUCUCCAACGGUUCUCCGAGCCGAGACCGGCUGCUGCUGCUUCCCGCCACCGUCCAGUUUGAGGACGAUCCGGAGAUCUCCUUGGAGACAAUCACACCGUUCACAUCGGCGGCCGGGCUGGAGAGUGACGCUCUGAUACCAGGACAAGUCCACCAGGAUGGAAACUGAGCUGAGCAGACAUUUGGCUCAAAAAUAAAACACUUAAACAUUGAUAUAAGUAAUGAAACUUGUCCUCCAUGUUGAUUGAUUUGGACUUUAGAACCUGGCAGCUCUGAAACCUGUGGAAAGCUUCAACACAACCAAGAAACUUAGCCGAGCUUCACAAAAAACUCGCAGUUGUCCAAAUUUAGAGGUUUGUUUUCUGUGCAGCUGUUGAAUCAUUUUGUUGAAUCUAUGUUUUUGAAGUUUGGAGUUAGUUAUUAGACCACCUGACACCCUUAGAAGAACAGUUUUGUCAGAUAUUAAAUCUUAUUUAUUACCUUAAACCACUGAAUGUUUCUGUUAUUUAAUAUCCGCACUGGGAGUGAAGAUAAAAUCUACUCUUUUCAUUGAGAAAAGUCAUGAAUCAACCUAGAUGUUAAAGUUCAGGAGUGAAUUCGGUCGUCACCGAGGCUCUGCUGAAGGACAUGUGAAGGUCAGUGUCUGCAGUGAAAUGGGCUCAAACUGUAAUGAAUGUUCAGUUGUUUGGCAGUGGAGAAGACAGAACCUGGACUGAAACAGAAGUGUUGAAAUCCAACUGUUUUCUUUAGUGUUAACAGAAUUAAAGAAGAGGAGUCUGCAAAAUUCAGAUGAAAGUCAAAAGAAAGUUUGGCAUUUCUAGUUCAGGCUUUCGUUUAAUUUCAUGAGCCUAUUUUAAAUUGGCCGUUUAUCAAGUGACUCUUUAUAACAGAGAUAAUUUUCGGCUUUUCACAGGGUCACUGAAUCAAUCUGAGUGGUGGACAGAUUGAAGGAGCAGGGUUUGUUGACUUUAACAUCCAGUUUCAGUGUCUGGUAUUGUCGUCUUUGUGAAGGUAGCAGCAAUGUGAUGCUGUCGGUGCGUUCAAGGACAAACCGGCACCUGAGAAGUGACAGAUAGUCGCUGCAGCAGCAACCGUUCCGAUCAAACUCACAUCAUUCUCUGCAAACUCUGCAGUCCAAAUGCCGCAGUUUUUCUGUUAUACUUACACCUGCCAUUAGAAAGUGUUGCAUUCAGCUGGGAAACACUAGAUCAGGGGUGUCAAAUAUGAGGCCUGUGGGCCAAAACCGGCCCAGCAGAAAGUCCAAUCCAGCCCACUUUGUAAAGUGUAAAGAUUCUAGAGAAGGCAUUAACUGCAGAUUGUAAAUUCAUAAAACUAUACAUUUAAAAUAAUUUCUAGUCCAUGACAAGUUAUUUUAAUCAUAAAGUAAAAUAGCAGAUUGCUCAUUGUUCUUUUGUCAUUUUGUGCCUCGUUUUUGUUGUAUUUUGUCUUGUUUUUGUUGUUUUUUGUGUGAUUUUUGUCCUUUAUCUCAUGUUUUUAUCAUUUUGUUUCUGGUUUUUGUUGUUUUGUGUUUCCUUUUUCUCUCACUUGUGUUUUUUGUCUUAUUUUUGUCAUUUUGUGUUUUGCUUUAUUUGUUGUUUGUCUCACUUGUGUUGUUUGUCCAUCCUUUUUGUCACUUUGUGUCUUGUUUUUUAAAAAUAUUUUGUUUUUUCUUUGUUGUCUUUCUUUGUCAUUCUGUGUUUCAUUUUUGCCAUGUUGUGUCUCAUGUUGUAGUAUUUUGUCUUGCUUUAGUUGUUUUUUGUCUUUUUUUUGUUAUUUUGAUCAUAAAAUAAAUGUUUUGUGUCUUUGUAGAAACUCUGAUCUGGAAGUUUUGAUCUGUAAAUGAUAAACUGAGACAUCAUA